AUGUCUGUGCGACGCAUGAAAACUAUUUACCAUAUGUUACACGGGCCCUUUCUCUGCAGACCAAAAUUUCCUGUAUUUAUGGCGUCAAAAUGGCGCCUUGCGUCGUUCUUGUCUCUCGCCGUGUGGUGCGCGCAUCUUCAACCGCACGGAGCGGCCUCUGAUGCCCUGCUGGACGGAUGGGAACCCCUCGGUCCUGAACCCAAGGACCAGCCCACUCUAGCUCUAUAUCGCGGGUGGGAGAGCGCCUAUGGCCUGCAGCGGGGCUCCCUCCUUCCGCCGUCCCCGCUCCCCCUUCCUCCCGACCUUCCCCCUCCCACCCAUCUCGCUGACUGCGCCGCGCGUACUCUUGCGCGAGAGGCGGCGGAAGGGGGACCGUGGCGAGGCACGGGUGGGGGAGGAGGAGGAGGGGAGGGGAUCCGCUGGCAGGACACGUGGCAGCAGCAGACUGGUGGUCAAGAGGAAAGGGCAUCCGAAUGCUGCGAUUGGUUGCCGCCGCGAACUCCUUGGGUGCUAGGCACGGUUGCAGCCAAUCUCGCGCUGACACGUGUCGCACAACGGGACAUCUGGGCUCACCAGAUGCUGACGUCAUCAGCAACAGGGGCAGGAGGAGAAACGUGUGAGGGGAGGCGGUUGCUGGUGGUUUCGUGGAUGCCCACCGACCGCCACGUCAGCGCGGACCCAUUCCACGUCAUCGCGAGUCAGAUCCACGUCAUGGCGGAUUUCCUGGGCCUGGCGAUGCAGCACAACCGCACGCUGGUCGCCCUGCCUGGUUCCUACGGGCCCGCUCUCAAUAGUGAUUGCAGAGAGCUGAACCAAACGGGCGAGUGGACCUGCUUCUUCUUCCCCCUCACCCACCCCGCCUGCUCCUCCCUCGUCUCCCACCUACAAGCCAACAAUCACAUGCCCACCUGCCUCUCCUUACACUCACAGUCCUCAUUACUGUCACAGUCGCAGAUAUUGUCACAGCUGCAGCAGCACCUGGCGUCCCCUCAGGAGGUUGUAUGCAUCGAUUCUACCUUUCCAACAGAACCCAUGGCUGCUAGUGCACCAGUGCGUGGCAGUUCCCCGGAGCGACCCGUUAUGGUGGAUAGGCAGGGCGAACUGUACACCAUGUCAGCGGAAAGAGCUCAGCUCCACUGGUGGAGAUCCCAAGCCGUCCGCUUCCUCCUCCGCUGGCCCUCCCUGCACCUCUGCCACGUCAUCAACCGCGAGCGCCACGUCAGCACCGGGCUCCACGUGGCUGCCAGCCUGGCACCCGCCAUCGCCGCCCAAGCCUCUCUCCUCCACUCCCUCUCGUCUGGUACUGUUCCCGGCACCACCGCUGCUACCAAUACAACGUUUGCGAUUCGGUAUUCCAAGAAUUUACCGAAUACAACAGAAGAGGCGGCUGUUUUGACUGAGGCUGGGAAGGCUAGUGCACAGGCGCAUGUGCUUUCAACGCUGGAUGAGCUUAUAGCGAGUACAGGACGGGGUGAGCUGUUGACUCUAGACGCGGUGACUAUAGCGCUGGGCAGGGAACCCUACCUGCCUCGUCCAAUAGCAGCUGUACACGUCAUCAGGGGGGAUGAGGCAAGGACUGGAGGGGCAGGAGAAAGGGCAGGAGAAAUGGCAGGAGAAACGGCAGGAGAAACAGCAGGGCAGUCGGGAGAUCAAGUGACGGCAGCAGUAUCGCAAGCACUGCAGCGGCUGCAGUGGCUGAAUCUCGACCUCAGGAGAGUGUGGCUAUCUGGGGAUGCUCGUGAAACGCCCUUCCAGCAGCAUCUGGAGGAGCGUGACUGGGCCCUCUUGUACUCGACCCUCACCCGAUCCCCACACGCACCGCUGCCUGCUGCUGAUGCUGUAGCCAAUGCAGCAAGAACAGGAAGAGUAGGGGGAGAAGAAGGAGAUGGAUUGGGUAAUCUGUCCUCCUCAGCAGCAGCAGCAGCUGAGGCAAUGCCAGGAGCAGAUGUUAUUUUUGCUGACCUGCUGACAUCAUCCCUUGCAGAUUUCCUUGUUGCUGACAUCAGCACGGAAUCAGGCAGCUUGAUUCACGAGCUUAGGUGCACCAACGGCCGACUCUUCUCACCGGUGUGUGAUUUGACUCUCUGA